AUUCUCAUCGGAGCAGUAAUUGCCAUGGGCUCAGCAGAUCGAGAUGGUCGUCUCCAUCCUGGUGAUGAGCUGGUGUACGUAGAUGGGAUUCCAGUGGCUGGCAAAACCCACCGAUAUGUGAUUGAUCUUAUGCAUAACGCUGCCCGAAACGGGCAAGUGAAUCUUACUGUGAGGAGAAAGGUGCUACCCACAGGAGAACCGUGCCCAGAGAAUGGCAGAAGCCCAGGCUCAGUGUCUACGCACCACAGUUCUCCAAGAAGUGACUACACUACUUACGCUAACAGUAAUCAUGCUGUCUCUAGCAGUAAUGCUACACCCCCCGAGGGCUUCACUUCCCACAGCCUGCAAACCAGUGACGUGGUGAUCCACCGCAAGGAGAAUGAAGGCUUUGGCUUUGUCAUCAUCAGUUCCCUGAACAGGCCCGAAUCUGGGUCCACAAUAACUGUACCCCAUAAAAUAGGACGGAUAAUUGAUGGAAGCCCUGCAGAUCGCUGUGCAAAACUUAAAGUUGGAGACCGGAUUUUAGCUGUGAAUGGCCAGUCUAUUAUUAACAUGCCUCAUGCAGACAUUGUGAAGCUAAUUAAAGAUGCGGGUCUCAGUGUAACUCUUCGCAUCAUUCCUCAGGAGGAGCUGAACAGCCCAGCCUCGGCCCCCAGCUCGGAGAAGCAGAGCCCCAUGGCCCAGCAGCACAGCCCCUUGGCCCAGCAGAGCCCCCUGGCCCAGCAGAGCCCCGUCGCCCAGCACAGCCCUGUCGCCCAGCCACCGCCUCCACAGCCCCUCCAGCUCCAGGGACAUGAGAACAGUUAUAGGUCAGAAGUAAAAGCCAGACAGGAUGUGAAACCUGACAUCCGACAACCUCCAUUUACAGACUACAGGCAGUCCUCAACAGACUACCGACAGCCUCCGCUGGACUACAGGCAUCCUCCGGUGAUGGAUUACCAGCAACCACCACCUCUCGACUACAGGCAACCACCCCUGAUGGAUUACAGGCAGCAUUCCCCAGACACCCGGCAGUACCCGCUGUCGGAGUACAGGCAGCCCCAGGACUUUGAUUAUUUCACCGUUGAUUUGGAGAAAGGAGCCAAAGGUUUUGGGUUUAGUAUCCGAGGAGGAAGGGAGUACAAAAUGGAUUUGUAUGUAUUGAGGUUAGCAGAAGAUGGACCAGCAAUAAGAAAUGGAAGAAUGAGAGUAGGAGAUCAAAUAAUUGAAAUCAAUGGAGAAAGCACAAGGGACAUGACACAUGCCAGAGCAAUAGAGCUAAUCAAGUCUGGUGGCAGGAGAGUGCGACUGUUGUUGAAACGUGGAACAGGCCAGGUCCCAGAAUAUG